CCUACGUUGUAGCUGACUGACAAAUGAAACUUGUCUUAUCCUAUCUUUCCUGCCUAAUAAACAAGUCACUGGCUCGUCUUCACUCGUAGAAGAAGACUUAAAUAUGGUUCUCAAGGUAAUAUAAGCUAAUGCGUGUCACUGCAAACGAAGCAAUAAAACAGUUUAUGGGUAUUGUUUUUGGUGAUGAUAUAGUUCAUAUUAUUUUCUACAUUUUUUUCCUUAUAGAUAUGAACAAUAAUAGGAUAAUAGCUCAUACAUUCAUACUAUCAUCCGUUACAUCUCCAUGUAGGAAAUAUCUACUUUUUGGAACUAAUAUACAGAAAAUACUAAUUUAUUCGUUAUGUUCACUGUCCUGUGAUGCACAAAUUGAGGGGAAGCCAGAAUGUAUUAUCAACGUGAAAUACGCAGGAAAUAUUUACGCUUUAUGUUUCGGGAAGGAUUAUGUUUUUUGUGGGUCAAUUGGUCUGAUUGUUGUAUACAAAUGGACUACACCUACCGACGGCUUUCUGAAAUAUCAUGAUACAGUCCAUCUGACGUCCGGAAAUCUUUACGCAACCGUUUCUGAAGUUACCGGGUUGUGUUAUCAUACAGAAAGUGACACUCUAUUGGCCGCAUUAGGUGAUGGAACUAUCCAUACGUUUUCAAUUGGUUGUGAUGUCAAAGAAAAGCUCAAAUUUACUGGACAUAAGUCCACGAUCUAUAAAAUUUGCAGGGUUGGAGCACACGAGUUUUCUACUAGUUCUGAGGAUGGUACUGUCUGCUUUUGGGAUAACAGAGUUAUGCAGAAUGGGAGCUUUAAGGCUUCAUCUGUGUUCAAACCGUAUCUAAAUAGUGAAUUAUCUCGAUCCAAGCUUGGAUCUUGGUUAACUACUUUAUCCUGUAAACAGUUCGAAGAGGAUUGGUUUGUUACGGGAGGGGGGCCUCGACUUUCUUUAUGGAGUAGGCGUGCCGGGAGGAAUGUUUCUAUAUUACACCCUGAAGGUUUAUCAGACAUUUGGUAUUCACAAACAGCCAUUUUUUGUGAUAUGGAUAAUGAUUCACGCAUUGUAUCCGGUGGUAAUUCAAGUUUAUUAUAUAUGUGGGAUCAUGUUGGCAAUUUGUUGGCUUCAGUGGAUUUACAUGAUCCACCUAACUCACGUUUAAGUCAUAUACUUGUUGUUGAUAAAUUUAAUCUAUCUGAAUCGGUAGAUUCUUUAAAAUUAAAAUAUCAUUCGAAUUGUGCAUUUUUUGUUGGUGGUUGCGGUCCAGUAAUACGAUUAAUUGCUAAUCUUGGUUAUCCUUUAGGCAUGUUACAUUACUCUAUUUGA